GCAAACAGCAGUAAACAUUAUGUUGUUUAUUUACGACAGCAAAGUAUCAGAGUAAUCUAUUACUCCGUUUGUUUACUGUCCUCCCGUAUCGAUGAGUGACGUCAGAGCUGAUCAGGUGUGAUCGGUCACCUGCGCUGCUUCCGUCUCUUUAACGGCUCCGAGCGGUCACAUGUCUCCGGUGUCCCUCCUCCUGUUACCGGAGGUUGACCGGCCUCCUCCGCUGCGUCUGUCCGAGUGUCGGCGCCUAUAAAGGGGAUGACAGCGGGGAUGUCUUCCCGCUGAGCUCCGGGACACGAUGCUCGGUCUGACGCCGCUGCUGCUGCUGCUGACGGCCGCCGCCGCCGCGGACCGGUCCGGGACGGAGGCUCCGCCGCUCCGGGGGCCGGGGCUCCGCUUCUCCUCGCCGGUUCCCGCCUCUCCCUCCGCCCCGCCGCUCCUCCUCCUCCCUCAGCCCGGGGCGGAAUACGGGGCGCCCGGUGUCGCCUUGGCCCGGUCCGCGGCGGAGGAGCCGGCCGGCCCGGCGGAGGAGGAGGACGGCGGGCACCACGGGGAGCACGGCGGCGGGUACCGGGUGGUCCAGUGGGAGUGGAGCUACGUCCAGACCCCGUUUAUCAUCGCCAUCUGGCUGCUGGUGGCCAGUGUGGCCAAGAUCCUGUUCCAUUUCUCCCAGCGUUUCACCACCGUAGUCCCAGAGAGCUGCAUGCUGAUCCUAUUGGGUCUGGUUCUGGGCGGAGUCGUGCUCAUAGCCAAUAAGAAGCAGCUGUACCAGCUGGAGCCCGCCCUCUUCUUCCUCUUCCUGCUGCCCACCAUCGUAGGUGACGCCGGAUACUUCAUGCCAGCUCGUCUCUUCUUCGACAACCUGGGUGCCAUCCUGACCUACGCUGUGGUGGGAACGCUGUGGAACGCCUUCUGCACUGGGUUCUGCCUGUACGCCGCCAAGCUGCUGGGGGUCAUAGAUGAGCGUGUCCAGGCAGAUCUCAUGGACUUCCUGUUGUUUGGAGCUCUGAUAUCAGCUGUAGAUCCAGUCGCUGUCCUCGCUGUGUUUGAGGAAGUUCAUGUUAACGACAUGCUGUUCAUCAUCGUGUUCGGAGAGUCACUGCUGAACGAUGCCGUCACCGUGGUUCUAUAUAAAGUCUAUAUUUCCUUUGUGGAGGUCGGAGCUGAGAACGUGCAGACGGCAGAUUAUUUCAAAGGAGUCGCCUCCUUCCUCAUCGUCAGCGUUGGAGGGACUCUGGUGGGUCUGGUCUUCGCUGUCAUCCUCGGCUUCAUCACACGCUUCACUAAGAAGGUCCGGAUCAUCGAGCCGCUCUUCGUCUUCCUGCUGGUCUACCUGGCCUACCUGACCGCUGAGCUCUUCUCACUGUCCGCCAUCCUGUCGAUGACCUUCUGUGGAAUCGGAGCCAACAAGUAUGUUGAGGCCAAUAUCUCCCAGAAGUCUCGGACCACGGUGAAGUACACCAUGAAGACUCUGGCCAGCAUCGCAGAGACCAUCAUCUUCAUCUUCCUGGGGAUCUCAGCUGUGGACAAAUCCAAGUGGGCCUGGGACACCGGCCUGGUGUCCUGCACCCUCGUCUUCAUCUUCGUCUUCAGAGCCGUCGGUGUGAUUGGUCAGACCUGGGUCCUCAACCGUUUCCGUCUCGUCCCAUUGGAUAAGAUCGACCAGGUGGUGAUGUCGUAUGGCGGCCUGCGGGGGGCGGUGGCGUUCGCUCUGGUGGUGCUGCUGGACGGAGAACAGGUCAAAGCCAAAGACUACUUUGUCGCCACAACGAUCGUGGUCGUGUUCUUCACCGUCAUGUUCCAGGGUUUGACCAUCAAACCUCUGGUGAAGUGGCUCAAAGUUCCUCGAUCCACCAGCAGGAAGCCCACCAUCAAUGAGGAGAUCCAUGAGAGGGCCUUCGACCACAUCCUGACAGCUGUGGAGGACAUCGCAGGACUGCAGGGAUACCACCACUGGAGGGACAAGUGGGAGCAGUUUGAUAAGAACUACCUGAGUAAGCUGCUGCUCAGGAAGUCUGUCUACAGGAAGAGUGAACUGUGGGAGGCCUAUCAGAAGAUCAACAUCAGGGACGCCAUCAGUGUCAUCGACCAGGGUGGUAAUGUCCUGACUUCAGCCAGACUUUCUCUCCCUUCGAUGGCCAGCAGAGCUUCGUUUCCUGAAGUGACCAACGUCACCAACUACCUGCGUGAGAACGGCAGCGGAGUGUGUUUGGACCUCCAAGUCAUCGAUAAUGUUCCUGGAGGUAAAGUGGAGGAGGACACUGAGACACAUCACGUCCUCGCCGGGAACCUGUACAAGCCCAGGAGACGGUAUCAGUCCCACUACAGCCGACACUUCAUUCCUCUGGGGGAGAAUGAGCGUAGGACCGGGAGGUGUUCAGAGAAACAUGAAGAGUCGCAUGGAGACCUUCAAAUCCACCCGACACAAGAGGCACAAGAAGGAACGGAGCCUGAAGAAGCGUCGAGGAUCCGAUGCUAAAGAGGACGGAGGUGACAAACCGAGACGUAACGUCAGCUGGCAGGACAAAGGUGAGGA